UAUUUCGAAGAAAACGAAAACUUCUUUUCGAUAUGGUUGGGAGCAAUUCCUCUCGUGAUGAUUCGCAACAAAGAAAAUCGUUUCUAGAUAAGCAAAACUCUUCAAAAACCGCGAAAAGCCGUGUUGGGUCUUCAGAAAAGAGUAAAAGUAGCAAAACGGAGAAAUCGACGCAGCAGUCUGAAAAGAAAACUGAAAGAAGCACGGCAAACACAACGAUCAAAUCUGAAGCGCCGUCAAAGAAGUUGAUCACUCAACAGUCUACAGCUUCUAUUCAGAGUGUUGGCCGUCGUGGACCGAAAAUGAGCGAUGGCACAGAGUUUGAUGCAGGACCUUACGGAUACAUCUUCUCCUUCAUCUUUCUAUUUGUUCUUUGGGGGUUAGCAACCAUGCUUGCCAUUGCUCUUGUUUGGUUCAAUUUUUCUCGCCUCGAUCGUCAAUAUCCCAUCUAUUUCGGUGAUGGAUCUUUCCUAGGUGGUGCUCCAAAAGUCUCCUUCGAUCCGAACCCACGCCAAUUCUUGGAGGAUGGCACUAAAAAUGCCAUGUCAUGGAAUAUUUAUGAGUUUUCGACGUAUGUCAACUACUUGAUUCGUUAUAAACAAGUACUUAAAAAGUAUUCUGGUGGAAUAGGAAAACAGAAGGUUAAAAAGGAAGAGAUGUGUAAGAAUCAGACAAUGACACGAGAAAAUGCUUGCAAAUUUGAUCGAUUGACAGAUUUUGGAGAAUGCACACUUUCGCUAGACAAUUUGGAGCGUGGAUUUGGAUACAGUAAAGGACAGCCGUGUAUCAUGUUGAAGCUGAAUAAGAUUGUCGGAUGGGUGCCAAACUUGUCUCCUUCGAAAAAUAAAACCAAAUGCCCCUCUGGAGAUUUGUGUUGUGGCCAAGGAAUCAAAUUUAAAUGUACUUCGAAUGCUGACGUCAAAUUUGAAUAUUUCCCUAAAACUGGAAUCCCUACUUGUUACUUCCCAUAUGCCAAUCAAGGAGGUUACGAACAGCCCUAUCAAAUGGUCAAAUUGACAAACAUCACUGUUAAUAGAGAGACUACUAUCGAAUGUGCUCCUGAAGAUUCUUCGCUGAACACACUCGCAAGUGGAAAGACCAAUGAGGCAAGGUUCCAUAUCUUGAUGACAAAAAAUCGACCAGUGGAAACUGUUGGUUAGAAUAAUUUCUGUGAAAUUAAAUGACAAUCAAAAAGGAAUCUGACAAAUAAAUUAGUUUAUUCGA